CGAAGAAGAAAAAUUAUAAAAUUACAAUAAUAAUUCUGAUUUUUUUUUAAUUAGGGCUGACUUAUUUGCAUAGCCCGGCGGCUGUGCUGAAUUUCCGUCGACUAAGAUGAAGCUGUUUUAUCUUAACCUUUGCUGAAGACACAGACAGAAACUGCUGUUUGCUGCUGGAGCAUUAGCAAUAAAGUUAGCAGACUACAGGUGUCUCUCCGGGGAAAACCCUGUUACCUGCUCAACCAGCCUCACCUGGGUCCACAGGAACCAAAACGACCUGCUCAAACUGUAGUCGAGGACCAGGUCUAUGUGAGAGAUCGCAAUGUCGACUGAAACUCCAUUUUCGGCCAACAAAAUCAGCCGAGAUAAAGGGCAGACUAUUUGUUCGGUACGAGCUCUAUCCACCGGUCGUGUGGAGGAUGAUUUUGACCUAAAUAAGUCUUAUCCGUGUACUAUAACAUCGACGUACAAGGAGAGCCUGUUGGCGUUGCAGCGACGUCUUUAUCCUGCCUCCGUCACCGGUGAGCAUUUGGAUGUGUCUAUCUCCAUGGCAACAAGGAAACAUCAACUACGCAGCUUACUUCCUGGUUCCCAGGUUUAUGCUGACUCUCUGCCUCACCUGUCCACUGAGUCUGGGGAAGACAAGGGCCUCAUCAGUCUGCUUAUUUCAGGAGAUUUUGAUCUAUUAGGGUAUCCAUCCGUCCUAAAUCCAAACAAAGCAAUUCUGACUGUUUCCCAUAAAACCAGAGAGAUUUUGUCAGCAAAUGAAGAGGCGAGUAAACUGUUUGAAUACUCGAGCAAUGAACUGAUCGGAAAGAAGCUGACUUCUAUUUUAAAGAAUCCUCGUAAGGUCCUGCAAGAAGCAUUUGAAGAUGAUUAUCCACUACCCGGUGGAAAUGUUACGCCUUUUUCUGCAAAAGUGGUUGAUGCAGUGACAUUGUCUGGAGAGGUGCCAGUAUCAGUGUAUACCUGCAGACAAUCAUUAAAUGAAGAACACUGGCUUGUUAUUAUGGAAAGUGUGGAGAGGGUAUCGGCUUUUUUGUCCUUUUCACAAGAUGGCAGUAUUUUAGCCUGUGAUUGGGCAUUUGCCCAUCUCCACGGAUAUAACCACCCAGAGGAUUUAAAAGGAGUGCCUGUUAAGGAAUUAAUCCCAUCUUUACAAAUCCCCCUGCACAGCCAUGCAUUUUCCAAAAUGCUGCAGAUUCAGAGAGUAUGUGGCAAAAGCAGAGAAGGUGCAUCACUUCCACUCUGGGUAAAACUUCGGGGCAGAGUGCUAUGUGGAAACUCCCAGCUCCACAACAAUAAGUAUGAUUGCCUAACCACAGGAGAUGGUGUUGAGCAUUCAAAUGAAGAGCAUAAGCAGCCAAGCCCCCCUCUCAUGUCCCCUGUGAGCAAGAGAGGAGCUUUAACCUCCAAGUUCUGUGAUCAGCUUCAUGGUAAAGAUUGUAACAAGCAAUCAUCAGAAGGCAAAGUGGACAGCGUCUCUCCCGGCCCAGCAUUCGAAUAUUCUGGAACAGUCUGGGCAUUUGUUCCUUCAAGCGGCCUUCUUCUCCUGUGUCCUGAUGGCUCGAUCUUCAGCAUCCAAAACCAUCUGGCCCUCAGGCUGUUUGGCUACAGCAAAGACGAGCUGCUGGGAAAGAGUGUCACUUUCCUUAUGCCUGGUUUCUAUGGAUCGAUGGAUGAGGCAGACGGAAAGGCCGGCUCCCUCAAUGCAUCUCACGUAGGAGCAGAAAAAAGUCCAGCCUCGUCAAAAAUAUCAGGAAAAUAUGAUCCUUCCUCCCUGGUGGCAGGGGACAUGGCCAUGGUGCAGCAAGCUAUUCAGGGACGGACUUCAACAGGAAGAGGCAGGAUCUUCACUAACGGUGGUACCAUGCUGGAAAAACCGGGCAGUGUUCUCUCUGCCUUCUCUCCUCCCGCAGUCACCUCCACACGUAUGAUUGUGGCCAAUGAUACUGCUGAGCUGUUGGAGGAAGCAGCCCGGGUAGCUCCCUGCAGCAGCCUGCUGGGCAGUGCAGAUACCACCCAGUCACUUCUUAAGACAUUUACCUUGGUGGAACCUCCAGAUGUCGACACCUAUUGCCUGGUUGCUACUGAAUCAUCACUUCAUGACGUAGAAGAUCAGAGGACCAAUAUGGUUCAGAAAAGUAAUGCUCCUACCAUCCACAUCAUCCCUGACACUCCUGCUCAGGAUAGACAUGCUGCAGACAGGAUAGAUGGAAACCGUUCUGAUCCAGGAGAAGACCAGCAUGUGUGUGCCUCCGUCUUUCAUGACUCAAGUUUUGAGGUCAUCUCAAUGGAGAGCAGAUCAUCCUCUGGCUUCUGUGAGAAGUUUGCAGGCCAUGGUGGUUCUUGUCCUGCUAAGGCAGAGUCCUCGCAAUCGGUCGACAUUGUUGACUCGGCCAGCUGCUACCUGGACAUCAACAUCAAUGGCGAUCUGGUCACCCAGAACCUAGCUGAACUAGAUCUGAACAGUAGUUUAGAGCUGCUCAGUGACGGCGAGUGCAACAAUGAUAACCAACACUCCAUGAUAUCUUGCGAUACAGCGGAGCUUCUGCGGACACCUUCCCCUUGUGUUGUAGAGUCAGACUUGGAAUCAGAGUACGCUGAGGUUACACCUGCUGCUGUGGAACCCAAGAACAUAUCAAGUGGGGAACUAGAAAAGGACCACGGCGAGCAAGAGCAGUGGGGAUCUGUGUCUGCAAUUCAUAGAAGAAGCAGACAAGAGGGCUCCAUACAAGCAAAUGGUGACAUCCCUGCCACAUCAACACCUAAGAAACCGCAGAUGAAUGGGCAGAAAUUGCCUUCACACAGUGCACAGAUUUUGGAGGGACGGUUUGAAGGAUGUGGAUACCACAGAGAUGGCACAAGAGUAGAUGUGCAGUUCAACGUGCACAAGACUGAACUUCCUGAUGGAACCUUCAUGUUCUACGUGUGGAUGAGAGGGUCUGGCCACCAGAGAAGUUUGUCGCAAGCAGAUCAGUCACUUAAUAACCAGUCAGGAGUUAGUUUAGAAGAGAGGCUUUGUGAGGCCAGCCAAGUUCAAGCAUUGCGCUCCACACUCGACUUCGAGCAUUCUCGGGCCUGUGAUGGACAGUUUGAAGAGGAGUACCAACUGAUCAAAGCAAUUGGUAAAGGAGCCUUUGGUUUCGUCUGGACGGCAAUAAGACGUGGCGAUGGACAAGAAGUAAUAGUGAAGUUCAUUAGCAAGUCCAGGAUAGUGGACGACUGCUGGGUAGAUGACCCCAUGCUGGGCAGAGUGAGCCAGGAAAUUGCCAUACUGACACGAGUGCAGCAUCAUAACAUUGUCAAGGUGGUGGAGGUGUUUGAGAAUGGAAGUUACUUCCAAAUGGUGAUGGAGAAACAUGGAGAGGGUUUGGACCUUUUUGAAUUCAUAGACAAACAACCAAGACUGGAUGAGCCCUUGGCCAGCUACAUCUUCAGACAGCUUGUGGCAGCUGUAUUCUACCUGAGAGCCAAGAACAUCCUUCACAGGGACAUUAAAGAUGAAAACAUCAUAAUUGAAAAGUGUUUUCACAUUCGACUGAUAGAUUUUGGCUCUGCUGCAGUACUGACUCCCGGGAAGCUCUUUUACAAUUUCUGUGGAACAUUGGAAUACUGCUCACCAGAGGUUCUCCAGGGAAAUCCAUAUGAGGGUCCAGAGCUGGAGAUGUGGUCUCUCGGCGUUUUGCUGUACACUCUGCUGUUCAGUGAGAACCCUUUCUGUGACGUGGGAGAGAUCCUGGAUGCCAAAUUAAAACCACCAUUCUCCAUUUCUCCAGAGCUGCAUGGUGUGUUAUCUGGACUGCUGCACCGUAAUCCCACAAAGAGGAUGACUUUAGACCAUCUCCUGUUGGAGCCCUGGAUCAGUCAGCCCAUUUCUCUGGCGGAGUACAGCUGGACUGAGGUGGUUCCUGAAACUGCAAGCUUCUCAGGUGCACCACAGCAUCAAGAAUCCAGUCCAAAGGCGUUCAAAAGAACAAACUUAUUCCCAGAUCACGGAGAGGAGACGCUGCCUGAGGAUGAAGAGGAGGAAGAUGAGGAUGAGAGGUUGUCAAUGGUGGCACUAGAAACUGAGCUCCAGAAAUACCUAUGUGAAGAUUAAAGACUGUUUUCAGGGACUGAAGCCUAAUUAUCCCUCUUUUGGUCAGCAGCUGACUAAUUGGUAUAAAAAUAGUGUAAAGCUUUUUAUGAAACUUUUUUUAUUUACUGCAAUCAGUUAUCGAAAUCUACUGUCUAGGUAAACUUUUACAGACAAAUGGACUAUUAUGGUUAUCCUCACCAUGUGUCUCUUGACAGAUCUCUCAGCAAGGUAGAAGAUGUCACUUAACAUAAUUUAUGUGCAGUCGUGUUUGUUUUUUUUUUUAUUUCUUCUUCUUGAUUAUGUGAUUUUUAUAUAUAUUGUUUGCAGUUUAUGAAAAUGAUUUACUGGCAAAAUACAAAUUAUUCUUAUUAGAGCACCCUGCUUUUUGACAAAAACCUAAGAAGGGCCACACCUGCUUACCAUGAUCUGCUUACUUCAGAACAAGUUUGAAGUUUUUUUUCUUUUUUUUAAAGUAAUAAGUAGUUUUGUGUCAAAAAAAUGUAUAUCUUAGAUAUUUUAAGUAAGAGUGUAAGUUUAUUUACAAUAUUUUAAAUAUUUAUUUUUACACAUCAA